CCGCAUAUAAGAGCGGUGCGGCAGUGCAGCCGGCGCACUUCUCACUGAGACCCGUCACCCGGACUCUGCGUGAGACCCACCGCCCGGACUCACCAUGCGUGAAUGCAUUUCAGUCCACGUAGGGCAGGCAGGUGUCCAGAUGGGCAAUGCCUGCUGGGAGCUCUACUGUCUGGAACAUGGGAUUCAGCCUGAUGGGCAGAUGCCCAGUGACAAGACCAUUGGUGGGGGAGAUGAUUCCUUCACCACCUUCUUCUGUGAAACCGGAGCUGGAAAGCAUGUGCCCCGGGCAGUUUUUGUGGAUUUGGAACCCACUGUGAUUGAUGAGAUCCGAAAUGGCCCGUACCGGCAGCUCUUCCACCCAGAGCAGCUCAUCACUGGGAAAGAGGAUGCUGCGAACAACUAUGCUCGUGGUCAUUAUACCAUCGGCAAGGAGAUCAUUGACCCAGUACUGGACCGGAUCCGCAAGCUGUCUGACCAGUGCACAGGGCUUCAGGGCUUCCUGGUCUUCCACAGCUUCGGUGGGGGCACCGGCUCCGGCUUCACCUCCCUCCUGAUGGAGCGGCUCUCUGUCGACUAUGGCAAGAAAUCCAAGCUGGAGUUCUCCAUCUACCCAGCCCCCCAGGUGUCCACAGCCGUGGUCGAGCCCUACAACUCCAUCCUGACCACCCACACCACCCUGGAGCACUCAGACUGUGCCUUCAUGGUGGACAACGAGGCCAUCUAUGACAUCUGCCGCCGCAACCUGGACAUCGAGCGCCCCACCUACACCAACCUGAACCGCCUCAUCAGCCAGAUCGUCUCCUCCAUCACAGCUUCCCUGCGCUUUGACGGGGCCCUCAACGUGGACCUGACGGAGUUCCAGACCAACCUGGUGCCCUACCCGCGCAUCCACUUCCCCCUGGCCACCUACGCGCCAGUCAUCUCUGCAGAGAAGGCGUACCACGAGCAGCUGUCGGUGGCAGAGAUCACCAACGCCUGCUUCGAGCCGGCCAACCAGAUGGUGAAGUGCGACCCCCGUCAUGGCAAGUACAUGGCCUGCUGCCUGCUGUACCGUGGGGACGUGGUGCCCAAGGAUGUCAACGCCGCCAUCGCUGCCAUCAAGACCAAGCGCAGUAUUCAGUUUGUGGACUGGUGUCCCACGGGCUUCAAGGUUGGCAUCAACUACCAGCCGCCCACUGUGGUGCCCGGGGGUGACCUGGCCAAGGUGCAGCGUGCCGUGUGCAUGCUGAGCAACACGACCGCCAUUGCGGAGGCCUGGGCCCGUCUGGACCACAAGUUCGACCUGAUGUACGCCAAGAGGGCGUUUGUGCACUGGUAUGUGGGGGAGGGCAUGGAGGAGGGUGAGUUCUCUGAGGCCCGGGAGGAUAUGGCUGCCCUGGAGAAGGAUUACGAGGAAGUGGGCAUCGACUCCUAUGAGGAUGAGGAUGAGGGAGAAGAAUAGACCAGCUGCCUGGAGCCUACUGUGUUUAUUGCAAAAUCCUUUCGAAAUAAACAGUUUCCUUGCACGGUU